AUGUCCAUUUUUAUAUUGGUCAUAGAACCCACUGUGUGCACCCCAUUGGCAAAUCAACACAUACAUAUUAGCGACAGGGAUGGUCACAACGAUUUCCCAUGGACCCUUAAACGCCUCGUUUUUGAUGACUUGCGACGAUUGAACUUUAGCCAGGAUUUGACACAAGUGGAGCCCUGGGCAAGUGAUGUCAUGUCUCACACGGAUAUUCCCAGAAUUAAGAGGGGACGAUUGGGUGGACAGCAUUUUGCAACAUCUUCCGCAGAUAUCGAAUAUGCGAUUGCUAACAAUAAAACGGCCAGUUUAAUCGCGAUCGAGGGAGGUCACUCAAUCCAGUCUAGUUUCGCAAUUUUGCGACAACUGUACCAAAUGGGGGCGAGAUAUAUGACACUAACCCAUUCCUGUAAUUUACCAUGGGCCGACUCAUCGCCCGUCGAUGCGGGUUUAUUACCCCCGGCAAAUGGAGGCUUGUCCACCUUUGGUUUGGAAGUUGUAGAUGAAAUGAAUCGCCUCGGAAUGAUGAUUGACUUAUCGCACGUUUCGUCAGAUACUAUGAAGGCUGCCAUUAUCAGGUCGAAGGCACCCGUAAUAUUCUCACAUUCUUCUGCCAGGACAAUAUGUAAUCAUCAUCGCAAUGUACCUGAUGACGUGUUGCAAAUGGUGAGAAGCAACAGGGGAAUUGUGAUGGUGAACUUUUACUCUGUAUUUAUUCAAUGCGACCCGACAAAAAAUGCAACAAUGGAGGACGUUAUCGCUCACAUUGAACAUAUUCGAACAAUCGCCGGAGUUGACGCAGUUGGCAUUGGGGCCGACUAUGAUGGAGUGGACUCGGUUCCAAUCGACCUAGCCGACGUGUCUUACUACCCCGUCCUUUUCGAAGCCUUAGCCCAGCGUGGAUGGACGGAUGAAGAUCUGGAGAAGUUGGCUGGACGAAAUCUUUUGCGCGUUUUUCUUGGCGUAGAACAAGUUCGAGAUUUGCUAGCAAAUCUUCCCGUUCAGCAAGACUCGAUUAGAAGGGAGGACGUUGAGAAUGCAAACAUAAGCGUGGAUUGUGUUUCAUGGCCGUUCAUUGAUGACAGUCGCGUUGCCGAAAAUGCAAACGUUUUGGCUUGAAAAUGACCCAAAUUUGUGUUCCAUAUUGAAUUUAGCAUAUAUAAUUGAUUGAUAUAUAAUAAAUGAUGAUCUAAAUUAA